CUCAGGUGAUUGAUGAAGAAGGGGCUGGUGAACCUUUGCAUGUGCAUUGAACUGAAGUUGGGGUUUUGAAGUCCCCAAACCCUUUUUCCUUUUCUGACUUCCCAUAACCACACACACCACAAAAUUCCCAUGAACUGGGAUGUUUGACAACUGAAACUUUAAUUUUCAUCUAUAAAGAUUCAACCUUUCUGUGUUGAAGGCAGCCCAAAACCCCCAAACCGAAAACUUCAGAUAAAAAAAAAAUGAGCAGUGCUUUUCGCAUGAACUCUGCUAAGAUUUCUCAUGUCAUGGGGAUGCAGAGGCACUUCAUGUUGGUGAACCACGUCGUUCAUCCAAUCAAAACCUCUUCUUUUCUCUACAACACAGUGCAUUCUAAACCUUUUAUUAGAUUGCCACAUUUCUUCAGAAAACCCAGAGAAUAUGAAAAUUCGUUGUCUUUGUUCUGUUCAUCCUUUUGCUCUUCUUCCUCUUCUUCUUCAUCUGCUGUUGCAACUUCCCUCUCCAAGGUUGGCUUUGUGAGUUGGUAUUUGGGGAUGAUCAAGUCUUGGCCAAUUUUGACAAAAAGUGUUACUUCUUCACUCAUUUAUAUGGGUGCUGAUUUAUCUUCCCAGACUAUUGUACGGGAUUCUUCUGAAGCUUUUGAUUUUAUGAGGACUUCACGCAUGGCAGGAUAUGGCAUGAUAGUUUUAGGGCCAUCCCUGCAUUUCUGGUACAAUUUUGUGUCGAAGCUUUUCCCGAGGAGGGAUAUUUUCUCUACAUUGAAGAAAAUGGUCUUGGGUCAGACAAUUUAUGGACCUGCCAUGACUGUUAUUUUCUUCUCAUUGAAUGCACAUUUGCAGGGUGAAACGGGAUCAGAGAUAGUUGCACGCUUAAAACGUGAUUUUCUUUCAACAAUGCUUGGUGCAAUUAUGUAUUGGCCUAUAUGUGAUUUUAUUACCUUUAAGUUCAUUCCUGUCAAUUUACAGCCACUGAUCACCAAUUCAUUUUCGUACUUGUGGACUAUUUAUAUGACGUAUAUGGCAAGCCUAGAGAAAGCAGCCUGAUCACUAUCAACAGUGUCAAUCUUUGUUCUACGAUUCAGACUGGAAGCUUCGGAGUACAGACAAAUCUUUUGGAUGACUGCACUAAUUCUGAUCUUACAUUGUCCCUCUCUAUGCUACUAACCAAUAUACUCGGUUGUGUAACUGCAGACCUGUUUUUUUUCUCGAAAUAAAUUUUGGAAUCAUUAGCAUUUCCUUCUCUGAG